UCAUGUUGAAAUGUGGCCUUUACUUCAAAGAUAAAAAGUGAGAAAAGAUUUUUUCGAUAAUCUUUCGUUUUGUUUCUAGAGAAAUGGAUCUUCAACAAUAUUCAUUGACACGACCUUUAUCUAGUCUUGAAAGUGAAAGUGAUAGUGACGAAGAGUUUUUUGAUACAAUACUUAAAUGGUACAUAAAAUAUGAGGGUGGCGAGGGUGAGCCGGGAUCUGACACAGUUCAACGACCUUCCGUGAAAUUUACAAAAGAUAUAUACUUGCAAAGUCUUAAUGAUUCGGAAUUCACACUGAGAUUUAUGUUAUCAAAAACUGCAGUAGACUCAUUACUACCUAAAAUGAUCCAGUAUUUUGCUAAUACGAAGACUUCAAGUAAUAACAGAGUGUCACCAUUACACCAACUGUUACUGACACUACGAUUUUACGUACAAGGUUCUAUACCCGAGAUUGAUUUUCUAAAUAUAUCGAAACCUUCGGCCAGCAGAAUUAUACAGGAUAUAUCAGGGGCAAUAGCGAGUUUGAGCAAAGAUUAUUUAUUUGUUCGUGAAGGCAAUACAGAUAAAUUUAAGAAAAUCGCUGAUUUUCCGAAUGUACUUGGUAUCAUCAAUUGCACUACUAUUUCUCUUCAUAUGCCUAGUCCAGGAAAAUGUAAACAGUCUGAAGCCAACUUAGAACUGUUUGUACAGGCAAUAUGCGACGCUGAUCUGAGAUUUAUAAACAUAAAGGUCCAUUGGCCAGGAGUAGCUCUUCAAUCGAUAACUAGUAAAUUUGCUAUGAAGGAGAAUUAUGUAACAAAUCAAUAUUUACUUGGUGAUAGUAAGUAUUCUUGCAAGAAAAAUCUAUUAACUCCUGUAGUGAAUCCUUCUACCGAAGCUCACAAACGUUAUAAUGAAGCCCAUUUAAAAACGUGGAAAACAAUUGAGAAGACUUUUGCUCUGUGGAAACAACGGUUCACAGUUGUCGCUAGGCCGAUGUGCGAAACAUUAUGGAACAUACAUAGAAUAAUUACUGCUACUGCAGUCUUGCAUAACAUAUGUAUGGAUAACAAUUUGGAAGAAAUAACUUCGAACGAAAACAUAAACAAUAAUGUUGAGUAUGAGAUGAUGAAUUGUGACGAAGAUGAUGCAAGUAAAGAUGAUGAUACAGAAAGAAUAUCUGUUAUAAAUCAUUUUGGAGAUGUUAUCUGAUAUAUGUACGAGUAUUCAUUUAUUAUAGUGCCUUUCGUGUGACAAAAUAAGGGUAUUUUGGAUUCUUCCAAAAACAAAAAAAAAACGUCCAAACCUGUUUAAAUAAUGAGUAAAAUAUGUUUUAUUAUCUGGGCAAUAAA